AAGAGAGGAGGGUACUGGUAGAGGGACAUUCACUCAUUGUUACCAAGUAGAAGACCGGCGGAAACCCCGUUGCUACACGUGAAUUUUCGGCACAACAGUCAGGUUUUAGACUGAACAUCAUUUCAAUCUGUGGUUGUCAUCAAUAUUUCUCGGCAACAUCAUCGCUGUCCUUCGAGGCAGGAGAGGGAGGAGUGUGAGCCAUUCGGUCACAGUGAGGCAUCUUAAAGGACCACAGCAUCUCUCAGGUGAUGGAGGUUUUAUGACACACUCCUGCCGGAAUCACCACAGUGAUGGAUGCAGCCAGCUUCAAUCAUGGCCGUGAUGGAUUGUGCUGCCCAAUCCAGACUGCUUCUCUGUGAUCUGAAGAGGAGGAAGAGACUACUAGACAGUCCUUGAGCCUUGUGAUUUACUCUUCCUGGUGAAUGAGCCAGAUGCUAACGGGGCUCACCCCAUCGUCCUAACCAGCCGUCCCCUGGAUCAUUCUUCUCCCCUUCUGCACGGAUCAGUCAUGGAUCUCCUAUGGGUGCUGUCGGUGUCCAUGCUGACCGUGUGUGUUGCCAUCCCCAUGGAUGCGGCGGCAGGGAGCCACAGCCUGUUCACCUGUGAGCCCAUCACCCUGCGCAUGUGUCAGGGGCUGCCCUACAACUCCACCUUCAUGCCCAACAUACUGAACCAUUACGACCAGCAAACCGCAGCUCUCGCCAUGGAGCCGUUCCAUCCCAUGGUGAACCUGCAGUGCUCUCCGGAGCUCAGGAUGUUCCUUUGCGCACUCUACGCUCCGGUGUGUACAGAGUACGGGCGAAUGACUCUGCCCUGUCGCCGCCUCUGUCUGCAGGCUAAGAGCGACUGCUACAAACUAAUGGACAUGUUUGGCGUCAGCUGGCCGGAGGAGAUGGACUGCAACAGGUUCCCAGACUGCGAUGAGUCCUACCCCCGUCCUGUAGACCUCCUGUCCAGCUCAGACACAACCGAAUCCCCCAUCUCCGUCCAGAGAGACUACGGCUUCUGGUGUCCUCGUGAACUCAAGAUCGACCCUGAGCUCGGCUACUCUUUCAUGGGGGUUCGAGACUGUUCGCCUCCUUGUCCUAACAUGUAUUUCACACGGGAGGAGCUGAUGUUCGCCCGCUACUUCAUUGGAGUGGUGUCCAUCGUCUGCUUGUCUGCCACUCUUUUCACCUUCCUGACUUUUCUCAUCGACGUGUCACGAUUCCGCUACCCAGAGCGCCCGAUCAUAUUUUACGCCGUGUGCUACAUGAUGGUGUCCCUGGUGUUCUUCUUGGGGUUUUUGUUGGAGGACAAAGUUGCCUGUAAUGCAGCAAGUCCUGGGAGGUUUAGGGCUUCAACGGUGACUCAAGGCUCCCAUAAUAAGGCCUGCACUCUCCUCUUCAUGGUGCUGUAUUUCUUCACCAUGGCUGGCAGCGUCUGGUGGGUCAUUCUGACCAUCACCUGGUUCCUGGCUGCUGUUCCCAAGUGGGGCAGUGAGGCCAUAGAGAAGAAGGCUCUCCUCUUCCAUGCCUGUGCUUGGGGCAUCCCUGGUGUCCUUACCGUCACUCUGCUCGCCAUGAACAAGAUUGAGGGAGACAGUGUCAGUGGUGUUUGCUUUGUUGGACUCUACAACUUGACGGCACUGCGUUGGUUCCUGCUGGUCCCACUGGGACUGGACGUAGUGGUUGGUGUGGCGUUGCUCCUGGCAGGCAUAGCAGCACUAAACAGAGUCCGCAUGGAAAUCCCAUUGGAGAAGGAGAACCAGGAGAAACUGGUCAAGUUCAUGAUUCGUAUCGGUGUGUUCUCCGUGCUCUACCUGGUCCCCCUGCUGACCGUUCUGGCCUGCUACCUGUACGAGAACAGCUACAGAGCUAUCUGGGAGACCACCUGGGUGCAGGAGAGGUGUAGAGACUACCACAUCCCCUGCCCCUACCAGGUGGAGAGCACCAGUCGUCCUGACCUGGUCUUGUUCCUCAUCAAGUACCUGAUGAUGCUGAUCGUAGGAAUCCCCUCAGUGUUCUGGGUGGGCAGUAAGAAGACCUGCUUUGAGUGGGCCAGCUUCUUCCACGGAAAGAGACGCAAAGAUGGGAUGGUCAACGAGAGCCGACAGGUGCUCCAGGAGCCCGACUUCGCCCAGCUGCUGUUCAGGGACCCCAACACGCCCAUCGUGAGGAAGUCGCGGGGCACAUCCACCCAGGGGACCUCCACCCACGCCUCCUCCACCCACCUGGCCAUGCUGGAUGAACCACCCAGCGGCAGCACCAGCCGGGCCGGCUCAGUUCGCAGCGCACGCUCCAAGAUGAGUAGUUACCACGGCAGCCUGCACCGCUCCAGAGACGGCAGAUACACAGCCUCCAGUUUCCGCGCCACAGAUGACCGACUGCCCUACGGCAGCAUGCCUCGCCUCAACGACCAAUCACAGUCCAGGCACUGCAGCACCAAUCGCCUAGACAGCCUAUCACGGCACGGCUCCACCCAGCGUCUUGAGAGCCAGUCGCGGCACAGCAGCAUCAGGGACCUGAGCAGCGCCACCCAAGCUGUUCUCGGUGUCCCUGGAAACGGGAUCCACAGAGUCCUGGAGGAGGACGCAGCGACAGCCUGAACUGUGAUCCCCUCCUCUCCUGGAGACUCGUGAAGAGGAUGACUCUCUGUCCUUUUCUUGAAGGAUGAAGAAUGUGCGAGGAUCCAGAUGAAGUUUAGCUGGACAAGGGCUACAUCAGCCAGAGUAAGGAUGGAGCAUGGACUGAUGCCUUAACAUGUUCUCUCAGCUUUACCUGAACCUCCAGCUGAUCCCAAAAACUGAAGGUCAGAUGAUUUGUGUCCAGUUUACAAAACCACAAGAGAAUUUGUGGUACUGAUGUGGACAAAGCUUCACUGCUGGACCUGAACUGAGCCAGUAAGGAACAAAAUGUGACACUGACAGACUGCACUGGAUGGUUUCUACUUGUACUUGUUUGUAUAAAGGACUGUGAACAGGAUUUGAACAAUGGACAUGACGAGCCUUCUCUUGUAGUCUGUGCUUUUAGCACUGAUGAAGGCGGAAGCAGGGUAUUUUUUUAAAGAUUUACCUUUUUUAGAUUUUACUUUUUACCUUUUUUGCACCUCUUCAGCUUCUGACAUCACAAUUAUUUUUCAGUUUCAUGUCUAAAAUUCUGGGAACUUAAACCUGCUAAACUUCUAUUUAUAAAGGCAAAUGUUUUCACACCUGAAUUGAAACUCCACAUGAAAGGCAACACAUUAGCGAGACGUUUAGGGAACCAACAACCGAGUGUGGAUUUUUGCCUUAAAAUUUCCUCUCAGCUUUACCUGACCCACUGGCUGAUCCCAAAAACUUCAAAAUGAUUUCAGUCAAGUUAAUGAUGGAUAGUCUGAUGGUGAUGUCUGGAUCUCUCUCUUAUUUUAAAAAGUGUUUUUAAUAUUGAGGUACUUCAUUGCACCUAUGGAACAAUGUAUGUAAUGUUAAGAGGAAAAAUGUCUGAAAUCUGUGGUUUACCAUUUUGAAUGAAAGGGCUGAAAUACAGGAACAAAGCUGAAUCCAAACUCCUGCCUUACGACUGUGUUCAGACGGAACCAGAGGUGAACUUUACACGCGUGAUUGUUUACAGAGGACAGAUGCAAAUUCACCCAGUGUCGAAUUUAGGUGAAGACACGAGUUGAAAAUGUUUUGACUUGAACCAAAACUUGUGCGUGUAUCCCGGUCCUCUAUGAAACUAUGACAUAAAUGUGAAGAGAAGGAGAGAGACUGGAUGGAGAGAACAGUUUUUAGUGAGUUCAGGCUGAGCUGAACACAAACACAGACACACACCCGGUCGUUGCUUGUGAAUAACUUCCGUCUCCAUUUCGCUCGUUUCUGUCUGAACACACCUCUACUGUUUGAAUAGAUAGAGCCCUUAAAUUAGUCAAAUUCUAAAUAGGUGAUCCUGCUAAAAUGUGUCCUUACUUGUAUAGUUACUGUAAAUGUUAGAACAACAUUUCCUCUAGUGGCAAAACUUGU